AUGGGGCUGAUACUGUCAAAAUUUCGAAGUAAAAAAACGACUUCCGAUAUUCUCGAGAGUUUGGAAACGAAAAUAAAGAGUAUAGAGCGAGAUGGUCAAUACAAGGAGCAGACCCACAAGCGCGUCAUCGGUUACGUGAUGGCGUACUCUGUGGGGCUGUAUGUGCUGUUCGCGAUCCUUUACUACUACGUGUACAUUGGCAGGAGUCAGCAUUGGCUGCAUUCACUGUUAUACGCGUCGCCGCUUUUAGUGCUGCCGGUUUUAGUAUUCUUCAUACGCACCGCAAUAUCGUGGUAUUACAACUGGUCUUUAAACAAGAAUAGAGCAAAACUCAAGAAGAUGAGAGAAGAAAAGAAGAAAAUACUAGAAGAGGUCAUGAAUAAAGAAACCUAUAAGGUCGCAAAGGAGAUUCUCGACAAGUACGGCAGCCCGGAGGAGCAGUCGAAUGCGUUGAAACCGUUCUUACCAGCGAUAGCCGCGCCAAACAACACUUCUAGCACGUCCACUCCAGCUACACCAGUGUCACUACGACAAAAACAACUUGCUCUGCAGGCAACGACACCUGUGAACCGUAAUAUGAACUUGGUGCCGGUGAACAACACGCCCACUGCUUUGUACAAGGGACCACGACUUCGAUCUGACCAACUUCCACGGCCUCUGCUGGAUAGAAAUCGCUCGGCGUUAGACAAGGUGGUGGACUAUCUGCUAAAGGAUGGACCCAACCAUCGCAUGGCACUUAUAUGCUCCGAAUGUUUUUCACAUAAUGGCAUGGCGAUGGUGGAGGAGUUCGAGUACGUGUCGUACGCGUGCGCGUACUGCGGCCGCCUGAACCCGGCGCGCAAGCAGCGGCCCGCCGCGCCGCCGCUGCAGCCCGCGCGCCCGCUGCCCGCGCCCCCGCCGCGCCUCGGUAAUGGCGACGAUGAUUCGUCAUCAGAGAGUUCCGCCAGCGAUAGUGAAGAAGAAAGAAGAAAUAAUGUGUCGAAUGUUGAGAAUAUGGACGUGUCGGAAGCUGAAGUGGAUCGGCCCCCCUCUCCAACGGAGGAGGAACCGAAAUCCCCCGUGGAGAAGAAAGAAGACUGA